AUGCAACCAUUACUUCCUCCGUUCAUGGAGUCCUAUAAAAGAGAGGAGCAUGCUUCCGUAUCUGAUAACAGCAAUUUUUCAAUGCCGACCGUUCCACAACAUCAUCAUCACCAUUCCCAAGCCUCCUAUCAGCCUAAUUUUCAUCCAGGAUUGAUUCCUCCAUUUGCUCCUUCCAGCAACAACAAUCCAAGUACUACUACUUCUUCGAAUCCGAUCAAUAGCAUUCCUAUUGCAACAACAGCCAAUGUACAACCCGAAAAGCCUGUUAAAAAACGAAGACAGUCCACAGCUACCAACAAGAGUAAUGGAGAUGUCAAUAAUCACCAACCAUCACAACAGCAACAAACAAAUUCUAAUGAUGACCCAGAAUCCCCAAAAAAGAAAAAAAAGAGAAAACAAGUGAAGAGAGCAUGCAUUAAUUGUCACAAAAGUCAUGCUGGAUGUGAUGAUGUUCGCCCAUGCAAACGAUGUGUUUCGUUGGGUCUCGAAGCAACUUGUCUCGAUGUGGAACCUAGGAACAAUAAGAGAAAGACAAACGCCUCAAAUUCCUCAACAAGCAACACAACAGAUGGAGCCAAUAACCCAGCAUCAAAUAGCUCACUAAAACCACAAACAAAACCAACAGCAACAGACUCACCUUCACGUUACAACAACAAUAAUAAUAUUGGAAAUGCAACAUUCUAUUCGUGGACAUCAGGAGCUCCCGCUGCCCAAAGUGCUCACUAUCAAUCCUUACAUCAUCCACUCUUUCCACCUCCAAACAGUGCCAAACUGAGCUCUCCUUCAAUGUCACAACAUUCUGGUGGAUCCUCAGGGUCUCCAUUUCAUUCUUAUCAUCCAGUAAGCUCCAGCAACAACGGAGCCAAUAAUCAGAGAGGAGGAGCCUUAUUACCACCUCCAUCCUCACUCAUUGGCUCUCCUUCCGACAUCUUUACAGACAGUGCAUCCAGAGCUCCUUCGUCAUCAUCGAUUUCUCCUCAAUCCCAUUUAGCUCUAUUGAAUAGUGUGAUGAUGCAACAACAAAUUUUGUUACAGGCUCUACAGAAAUUGGACACUACAGGCUCCCUGGAUCCUUCCCUUACACAAAAUUUAAUUUCUGGCAAUCAAGCCUUGUUGUCACACACUUCAUCAUUGCAUUCCUCAGAGAAAGUCACUUCACCACAUUAUCUAUUGCCUCCACCUUCGACACUUUCAGCUCAAUCUCCAUCAUUACUUCCUUCUGUAAAUACUUCGAGCCUUGCCUCUCCAAAUGCUCAUUCCCACUUGAUCAAUAGAACCUAUUCAUCAAGUUCUUUGGAGGGUUUGCUUGGUCCACCAACUCCAACAGCAGCCACUCCCCUCGGUCAUCACUCCGUUUCUACUCCUGUUCCGGUAGCAACUCCUGUUCCAACUGUUCAUGAUCCAUCGCUUACAUUAAAUGAUUCACAGUCGAAUCACAAUCAUGCAACAAAAUCAACAAAUGCAGAUCAAAAAUCGAGCGAUAAUAACCAAAAUGACGAUGGUAAGAGUGACGGUAUUGAAAAGGAAGAAGAUGGAGCAGAGGACGAAUUUAUUGGAUUCUUUAGAAGACCUAGCAACAAUGUUGACAUUAUCGACGAUUAUUUUGCAUUGUUCAAUAGUAACGUUUCUGAUGAUGGCUAUAUUGAAGAAAAUAAUGUCAUUACUGGUGCUUCCUCUUCAUCAAUUCCUACAACAUCACCAGGCGGAAAUGUCAUGCUUUCUGAAGUUCACCAAGGAUCUGAUGGUGCACUUUCUCAAAGCACGUCAUUUACUUUGGAGAGCACAUCUCCAAUUUCCAAUGCUGUCAAUACUUGCAUACUCAACAAGAAUCAGUUAGAGGAUCCAGACAAGUGCUCAGGUUGUGUCCAUUUACCUUCUGGUGAAGCUGAUACAAUCAUGUGUGUGGCUAUUUGGAAAUUGAAUGGAGUUUUAUUUUCUGCAAACAAGAACUUUUUCACAGUGUUUGGAGUGCCAAGUCUUUCAGAUAAUCUUCAAAUUAAUUUCUCCUCCAUCUUGGAUAUGGAUCAUGACCCAGAUCUCAAACAAGUGUUCAGUUGUAGAUCUGACUUUGUUGCUAAAAGUAUCAAAAUGCAGAAAUAUGUCGAUCACUCAACAAAGAAGGACAAUUCCAUCCCUAGAGAACAAAUUGAAGGAUACAUGCAAGCAUAUGUCAUUCGAAAUGCUCAAGGAAUUCUUCCAAGAUAUAUUUCCACACACAUUUCAGUUGCCACAAAGCUCUAA